UAUAUAUAACACCUCGUAGAGUCGGGGAGAUUGAUAUUGUGAGUUACCAUGGAAAAGCGAUUGAUCUUUCUCUCCGUUCUCCUUGUGUUGGGGCAGCCGGGUCUGGCCAAGAAAGGCAGCCACAGCCACAGCCACAGCAGUAGCAGCAGCGAGGAAGACAUCGUGAUAAACAAGAAGGAGUGUAGUGUCGCUCCGUUUUACAGAAGGGACUGCGGAUAUCCAGGCAUCAGCCAUGCAGAGUGCAGCAAGAGGAAAUGUUGCUUUGAUUCCAGCAUUCCUGAAGUGAACUGGUGCUUCUUCUCCAACACAGAAGAUAAAGCCCAGUGCAGCAUAAAGGUCAAAGAGCGGGAAGAAUGCGGCUUUCCUGGAAUUAGCGCUAAGGACUGUUAUUCCCGGGGAUGCUGCUUCGAUUCGAGCAUUCCCGAGGUGAAAUGGUGCUUUCACCCAAAAUUCAAAGGAUGCAAUGUGAGCCACAAAAUGAGGAAGGACUGUGGAUAUCCCAAUAUCAGCUCCAAGGACUGUCACUCCAGGGGCUGCUGCUUUGAUUCCAGCAUUCCUGAGACCGUCUGGUGCUUCUACGGGUACAAGUAAUUCCAGAACGGUAAUCACCAUUAUGACAUUUCAGGGAAUCGACAUGUAAAUUUUCAGCGCUGGAGUUGAUUUUUGUUAAAACUGUAUUUUCACAUUACUCAUAAAAAUAAAAA